AUUCAGUGCGCUCUUUCACAUUGUUCACUUCGUAAUUGAUCAAGCAAUAUUUGUGUGGGUGAAGUGCGCAUAAAUAAAUUUGAAAAAUGGGUAGGACUCGAAGCAGAAAAUUAGCUUUAAUUAUAAGAAUUUCAAUUUUACUCGUUGUUGUUUUUACGUAUAUGGUGAUAGGUAGUGUUUCUAAUAAAUUUAAAAGUAGUGAUGAAGAUGACGUUAAUUUAGAAAUAAAUUACGGAAGUGGCCGCCAUUUAUUAGCCAUAAACACAACUAUCAACUGCACACCGCCGGCCAUUGAUGAAUUUCCAAGUGACGGAUUCACCAGAGAGCAACGUCAAAAAGGGUGGAUCCUGGUCCACGUCUUCAUUUCAUUUUAUUUAUUUAUACUACUCGCUAUAGUCUGUGACGACUUCUUCGUACCUGCAAUUAAGAAAGUAUGCGACGGUCUUCACUUGUCCGAAGAUGCAGCGGGCGCUACGUUUAUGGCAAUUGCCGGCUCCAGUCCAGAAUUAUUCAUAAAUUCGGUCGGCACGUUCGUAACUCAGGGGGACAUCGGGGUUGGUACAAUCGUCGGUUCUGCUGUGUUCAAUAUUUUGGCGGUCCCCGCUUGUUGUGGCCUCAUCGCAAAUAUGGUUUUACAGCUGGACUGGUGGCCUUUAACUCGUGACAGUUUAAUGUACGGAAUUUCGGUAAUAAUGCUCAUUGGUAUCCUUCAAGAUGGAAAGGUAGAGAUGCACGAAGCGGCGCUGCUGGUCGGAGCCUACGUGUUCUACAUUAUCUCCAUUUGUUUUAACAAAGCACUCAGUAACACGUUUAAUCGACUGGCGCGGAGAUGCAAACGAAAGCGUAACUAUACGGCAGUAAUGAGCGAGACUCAUCCUCUACUGGGCAAAAUCGAAAAGAACGGAAACUGUGGGCAUAUUGCCGAAGAAGGCAUAAUGCUAAAAUCAGAGGUUACCUUGAAAGAUUGCGAGGAGCUUGAUGAACCUAUGGACGUUUGGAGCUGGCCCAGAGGUGACCCCUUCGCCAAACAACUAUGGUUUCUAUUGACAUGGCCCAUUUGCUUUGUACUUUCCAUCACAAUACCGGAUUGUCGCAAGCAUUCCAAGCUGUACCUUGUCACCUUUGGAAUGUGCGUCGUAUACAUCGGCCUCACCUCUUACGCCGUCGCGUGGUUAAUUACCACCAUAGGAGACACAAUCAACAUUCCCGACUCGGUAAUGGGAUUGACGUUUUUGGCGGCGGGAACUAGCGUACCCGAAGCCGUUUCCAGUGUAAUCGUAACGAAACUUGGUCACGGCGCGAUGGGACUGAGUAGCUCGAUAGGCUCAAAUACUUUCGACAUUCUGUUCUGCUUGGGCCUUCCGUGGCUAAUCAAAACUGCCUUCUAUCCGAAAAGUGAGGAGGACAACAGUAUUACUAUCAACUCAUCUGGCAUUACGUAUAGUGCGGUCUCAUUGCUUUCAACACUCAUUCUUUUAUACCUCAGCUUCUUGCUCAAUCGUUUCAAGUUGGACUGGAAGAUUGGACUAACUUGUCUAUCGAUGUACAUCUGUUUCUUGGUGUUUGCAUCUCUGGUGGAACUUAAUGUGUUCUUCCCAGUUAACUUACCGACAUGCAAUCGGUAAUAUUAAUAGGUUGCAAGAUUUUUCUUGCAGUGUUACGAAUUGAACUGUAUUUUGUUGUAGUAACCUUAGUUUGUUUGUGGUUCGUGUAUUAUUUACUAUCUAACAUUAUUAUCUAAGUGUGUGUUUGUGUCUGUUCGUUUGUCUCAUUAAGAUUGAAAAUAAUAUAAUAUUUAGUAAUUUUUUUUACCGUUCAAUUGACCGCAGUUGUAACUUUUUUGGCAGUAAACAGUGACAGACAUAAAAGUAAAGCUCUAACAGAAUGCCGUAAUAAAGGUAAAUAAAUCUGGUUGGACAUGCGGAAACUAACCCAAUGACAAAAUCGACAGAGAAAAAGGGAGAUCUAUCGAACUGUACAAUGCGAGACGUUUGUUAGGAAACUGUCUGUGUACUGUGGUGUUUUGGGGUGGUUUGUGGGUCUCCUGAUGAAUGGUUUACAGGAAGGUCUUGACUGA